AUGCCACUUAUCAAUGAGACACAUGACUCCCUUCCAUACAUAGACGAGGAUGUGACGCCUCAACUGCGUACAGAGAUCAGUAGACUCAUUGAAGCUGAGCUUCCCCCGGACUACCGUUCGACUGUUCAUCCGUCCCUGGUAGAACUUCCUCAGACCAAGUUCUCCCCUUUGAUAGAGCAGGAGCUUGGGAGAAAGGCCAGAAACGAGCCUAUCUCUGGUGGCAUCGACCUGUCACGCUACGAAGCGCCAGAGAUACCGUCUUCUUCCACGGACCCGAACGCAGACCCUACCACCGUUCUGGAUGACUGGCGACAGACCCUACGGCGUGCAUACGCCGCUCACCUACAUCUGUCUACCAGAAAGGACAACCUCGCUUUGCUAGAGGCUCAUGGCAAAAACGCGUGGUUAAUUGGCAAUUCACAGUUGGAAGAUAUCUUGCGGCGCAUGGAGAAGGAUUUGCACGAGGUCACCGAGGCCACCGAGGCAGUAAAUAGGGAGAGGAAGCUGAAGCAGGAGAGUGUCAGAGGUGAACUGGCAGCCUUGGACGAUGCAUGGAGACGAGGAGUGAGUGGAACAUUGGAUGUCGAGAUUGCGGCGGAGAAGCUCAGGAGAGACAUAUUGGACAUGAGGCACCAGCAAGCACAGCCUUAA